AUGCAAGAUAUAAUAUGGAACAAGAGCACUUUUCUGUUGAAGCAAAAGCCCAUCACUGAAUGGUAUACCGUACACGUCAAGAAUUCCCGGCCAGGAGGGAAUGAUGGAUCUAUUGCAGUUCUUACAGCAACCUUUGCCACUGAAGUCACAUUGAAUAGAGAAGUAAAUAGUGGACCAACUAGAGGGAUUCUGGUUAGCGCUUUUGCAUAUCGCAGAACCUGCAGACUUUUCUUACUAUAUAUGGCAAGGACUCACCGGACUAGAGUGGUGCCCAACCGGAGCUAUUAUCACCGGCCGUCAAGUAGUAUGGCGGGUAGGAGACCCUCCCACUUCUUCAAGGCCAUACUCCCCUCUACCAUUCACGACAAGAAACUGAAGAUCCCUGUAAAGUUUGUAAUGGAAUUUGGGGAUGAAUUGUCUGAUGUUGCUACGCUCACUGUGCCCAAUGGUCAUUUUUGGAAAGUGGGAAUGGAGAAACCCAACAGGGAGAUUUGGUUCCAUGAUGGUUGGAAGGAGUUUAUGGAAUACCAUUCUAUUCAUUAUGGCUACUUUUUAGUCUUCAGAUAUGAAGGAAAUUCAAAAUUCCAUGUUCUUGUAUUUGAUAAUACUGCAACUGAGAUUCAGUAUCCAUGGAGAGAAGAUUGUGAAUUGGAAGAUCCGGUGGACAUAAUAGACUUAGAUGAUGCAACAAAAUCGAGGCAAGAGUUGUCCGCAAAACAUGAAGAAAAUAUAGAAACGUUGGUUGGAAAAAGAUUUUCUGGCGGGUCGUCUUCAGAAGGAAGGGAGAGAGCAAUCCAAGCCGGAAGGGAGAGAGCAAUCCAAGCAGCCAGAAUGUUGAAGCCUACAUGUCCUUCGUUCAUGGCCAUCUCUCGUAAUAUGCAUCGAUAUAACUUGUAUGUGCCUGCGAAAUUUGCUGUCAAGUAUCUUAGUGGGCAUGCGUUUGUCAAACUUCAAAACUCUGAUGGAAAACAAUGGGAUGCCCGGUGCUAUGACCAUGAUCACCCGAAUUCAGCAAAGAAUAUAGGGAAGGGAUGGACUCAGUUUUGCAUAGACAAUAAUUUACAAAGAGGAGAUGUGUGUGUCUUGGAGCUCAUCAACAAGAACCCUAUUGUGCUUAACGUCUCAAUAUUUCACGUGGCUGACUAUUGA